GGUGGAGGCAAAAAAAGCUUGUAGGGGAGAAGGGGUAUUUGCAUUCUUUGCCAAAGCCACUUCAUAUUGCUACAAGGACUCGCAGUGAGACAUAGAGAAGGCAGUGCCUUUGUUGAUCAGCUAAGUCUCUUGCCAGUGACAAUGCGGCUAAUCGCUUUCCUGCUGUUGGGGCUUCUAAAGUUCUCUCUGGCUCAGGACAGAGAUCCUUUCCAGUGGCUUUCUUCCCUGCACAGCCGUGGUUACGCCUCUCUGCAGGCCGACAACACUGGGGGAGAAUGUCCUGAGGAGUGCGACUGUCCUCCAACCUUCCCAAUUGCCAUGUACUGUGACAACAGCAACAUGAAAAAAAUGCCUUACAUCCCAUCCCGGAUGAAGUAUGUGUACCUGCAACACAAUCAGAUCACCUCUGUUCCAGAUAAUUCUUUCAGAAAUGCCACCAACCUUGUGUGGGUUAUGUUGCAUGAGAAUCAUAUUAACUCAGUUGGCAAACAAGCGUUUGCUAAACUGGUGAACUUGGAUCGCCUGUACCUGAACAACAACAACCUAACCGAGGUGCCGUCCAACCUGCCUCAUUCACUACGUGACCUUCGUCUCAAUCACAAUGUAAUCACCAAGUUGCCCCCUAACGCUUUUGAGGGCAUGGAGAAUUUGACCAUACUUUUGCUCCAUAACAACGGUCUCCAGGAUAUUGGUGGUGGCCUGAAACGUCUGAAGUCAUUAACUCUGCUGGAUGUGAGCAGUAACCAGCUCAAGAAGGUUCCUAAUGAUCUCCCUGAGAUGCUUCACCAGCUCUACUUAGAGUCCAACUCCAUCGAAGCAGUUCCAGAGAACUUCCUCAGCCAGUUCACCAACCUACAGUAUAUGCGUAUUUCUCACAAUGAUCUCACAAACAAAGGCAUCCCUCAAAACACUUUUAACAGCAGCGGUCUGGUGGAGCUAGAUUUGUCCUUCAACAAGUUGGAGAUCAUUCCUGUUGUUAGUACUAAUCUGCAACAUCUUUAUCUACAGGCCAAUCAGAUCAAAGAGUUUACAUUGGGCAGUUUCUGCAGUGUGGUGGAUGUCAUGAAUUUCUCCAAGCUGAGAGUCUUGAGGCUGGAAGGAAAUGAGAUCAGUGCUGGAGACAUGCCCUCUGAAGCUGACCUAUGCCUUCGUCUGGCUACUGAUAUUGUAGUGUAAUGGCAUUUACCAAUCAGCAGGGGGCUCUUUUGUUUUCCUCCAACAUUAUUAUAUCGGAGUGGCAUGUGCAUUGAUGUACAUUUUUAUUGUAGGUAAAUAUAUAGUGCCUUGGGAUUUUGUAUGAGAGGAAUCUAAUUUCCUGUGGACUUUAGAGAGAAGUACAAUUACUGAAAUGGGGGAAAAAGGAAAUUGAGAGAUUUAGAUUUUCUUCAGGUUUGUGGAUUUAUGUCUCUUCAGGAAAGAAGUUUGAACAAUGCUGUAUUUAUUCUACAUGUGAGACAGAAGAACUGAGAACAGAAAGAUCUUACUUGACUACAUCCAUCUAACUUGUAUAAUGUAUUAUCUGAUAUAAUAUCAUGAGAACAGAAAGAUUUUACUUGACUACAUCUAACUCAUUUUAUAAUGUUAACUGAUAUGAUGUCAUCAUGAGAAAAUUAAAGAAAAACUUAAAAUCCAUAAUCUUCCAUUCAUAUCUGAAAGAGGGGAAAGAAAAACUAUGAAUGGUUGUGUUUUAAGAGCAAUGUAUUGCAUGUGAUAUAAAAUAUGACUCAAGUACUGGUGUUUAAAUGUGCCUGUAGACCUUUUGUGUGUGUGUGUGUGUGUGUGUGUGUGUGUUAUGUAUUAA